CUGUCUGUGUCGAGGUGUGUGGCAUUUGACAAUGGACUAUUGAAUAAGAGAGAGGGGGAUCUUGUAGCUUGAUAGAAAUGGGUGACUGUGGUGAUCGUGCCAUGGAAGGGUCAUACAGCGCAAAGAAAGUGCUUCCUCAGCGGCCAGGAUUUCGACACCACCGAAAAGAGAACUAUGUGUGCCGCGAGCCCCUGUCCCGGCAGUCUACAGAGUUUAGUGAGGUCCCGGAGGGGACUCAGACACAGUCCCAGCAGCCGCCCAGGGUGAAACUGAACGGCUCCACUGUGGAGACACCCAGCCACCACGACCUGCACCGCGAACUACUGCUCAGCACCAAACGAGGCCUGUUACCGGGAGAGAAGCCUGAGCUGAAGCGAGUCCUGGAACAGAGGAGGCUGGAGCAGCAUAGAGAGCAGGAACUGGCUCUACGGCCUCCUUUAGAACUGGAGACUGAACUACGCAAGAGACAGCAGAUACUGCUGGAGUAUGAGCAGGAGGAGAUCAGGCGUCGAGAGGAGCAGGAGAAAGGUGUCCCUGAGUUUGUUCGCGUGAAGGACAACCUGAGGCGCACACAGGUGUCUGGGCAAUGAAGGCCACAUGAUGCUCUGUCCCUUCCCAUCACCCCCCGCAGCCUCCCACCACAAAGGCUCUGGCUGCGGCCCGUUUCUACACCCAAGAGUCCAAAGACUGCACUUCUACACCUCCCUCACCAGAAUGGUUCUGCCAUUACAAUGCGACCACCCUCCUGUUUCACCCUCCACCAGCCUCCACUGUGCCCCAUAACCUACAGCUAUAUGAUGAGGGUCAACUUCACUGCAGCAAGUUACUAAAAUGACUACUACUGGGACUGAUAUGCAUCUCUUGCUGGACUGUUUAUACUUUGUGAAAAAAGCAAAUAAAGAAUAAAAUAAGAAAAUGUGUGAUAAAUAUAAAGCAAUGUAGGAACUGGUCAAUAGGUUUCAAUGUAGGAACUGGUCAAUAGGUUUCAAUGUAGGAACUGGUCAAUAGGUUUCAAUGUAGGAACUGGUCAAUAGGUUUCAAUGUAGGAACUGGUCAAUAGGUUUCAAUGUAGGAACUGGUCAAUAGGUUUCAAUGUAGGAACUGGUCAAUAGGUUUCAAUGUAGGAACUGGUCAAUAGGUUUCAAUGUAGAGAAUGUGAGUGAAAGUGCAUAGGUCUACUGUAAAUGAUGUGUAUGUUCAGGACAAAUAUUUUGUUCUUUAUGAAUAGAUUCAUUAUUUUUCUAAGUAUUUUUUUAUUAUUUACUAGAAACACUUUUUGUUUUGAAGUCUGCAUUCAAGUCAGUCACUUGGUUUACAGCAGCAUAGUGUCAAUGUGUUCAUUUUUGGGUUUGUUUAUUUUUUUUCAAAGUCAAUAGUGGUUACUCCACUAUUGGACACAUGACAGUGACUGGAACUCUGGAUUUUGUCGUUAAAGCAUCAGUUGUCACUCAUAGCUAAACCACCAAUGACAGAUGGUAUGUGUAUUAGUCCUAUUCGUUUAAAUGAAUUGUUUGCCUGUU